UAUUCUUAUCAAAUGUCACAAAAAGGAAUUACUCUGGAGAAGAAAGAUGGAAAUUUGUGAAUACAGCGUGGAACCAGAUCAUCUUACUAAAGUCAAGAGAUACGAUAACUUUAAUUUUCCCUAUGCUUUUCCCGGAAAUGUAAAAGACCACCUGAAGAAAAUCGCCAACUUCAAAGUCCAGGAAAGUGAUGUAUUGCUAUCCACAUAUCCAAAAUCAGGUACUCACUGGGUAAGAGAAAUUGUAUCGAUGCUGCUUCGUGGAAAAGCCGAGUACACAAAUGAUCCCCUAUAUUCCCUGGAUUUUUACGAGAGCAGUUGCUUAGAAAAGUUGCCAUCUCCCAGAAUAUUGCAGUCACAUCUGCCCUACCGAUACCUUCCAAAGGAAUUGAAAAAACAUGGACGUAUAAUUCACGUGUCUAGGAAUCCGAAAGACACGGCUGUAUCUUUGUAUAACAUGGUAAAGAAGCUGACAUUCAUGUACAGCAGUUUUACUGGGUCUUUCCACGCCUUGUUACAGUGCAUUUUCUUCAGCGAUAAAUUUGCCUUUGGAAAUUGGUUCGACUUUGUCAAAGAAUGGGAGAGAACUAUGCGACAAGAAAACAGGGGCUGUCGUAUUUUACACUUACAUUUUGAAGAUUUAAAGAAGGACUUAAAGUCAAAUGUAAGGAAGAUUGCAGACCUUUUGGAUCUGAGUUAUGAGGACGAGUUUAUAAACCUCGUAGCAGAGAAAUGUACUUUUAAGAAUAUGAAAAAUGGCAAAGAAUCGAACCCCCAACCUUACUGGCAGAACUGCACACACGACGGGAAGAUGCCAAUAUUCCGGAAAGGUGACGUGGGUGACUGGAAAAACUGGUUCUCCGAAAAAGAAAACGAAAAAUUCGACAAAGAGUACGCCAGACAGAUGCGAGACUCCAAUUUAACUUUCCAAUAUUUCAUAUAG